AAAUUUGGCCAAAUUUGACUGUUUCCGGCGGCGAAUCGUGUCAAAAGUGCCAAAUCGUGUUGUUUUUUUCGCGUUCGGCGUGUUCCCCUGUGGCGAUAGGGCCGACUAGGGCCAGUUUGGCCGUUUCUGGUAUUGUAGGUGUCGCUACUCGUUUGGUAAGAUGGCCCCUGGCUGUCCUCUGUCAAAAUCCUGAAUAAGCAAAAGAAAAGCUACGUCAUUCAGAACCGAUCGUUAGAUUGUGCCUGUGUUAAAUAGUAAAAGUUUCGGUUUUUUCGUCUAGUGUAAGCUUCGAACGUUGAAUAAUGGCCGAGGGUAAAAGUCCUGACGACCUGGCGACUGCGAUCUUGCGCCGCAAGGACCGCCCCAACAGACUCCUGGUGGAGGAGGCCACCAACGACGACAACUCCGUCGUGGCGCUAUCGCAGGCCAAAAUGGACGAGCUGAUGCUGUUCCGAGGCGAUACAGUGUUGCUGAAAGGGAAGCGGCGGAAAGAGACCGUCUGCAUUGUGCUGGCCGACGAAAACUGCCCCGAUGAGAAGAUCCGGAUGAACAGGAUCGUCAGGAAUAAUCUACGGGUUAGGCUCUCUGACGUCGUCUGGAUCCAGCCCUGUCCCGACGUCAAAUACGGGAAGAGGAUCCACGUUUUGCCCAUCGAUGACACGGUCGAAGGGCUCGUCGGAAAUCUCUUCGAGGUGUACUUAAAACCAUACUUCCUCGAAGCUUAUCGACCAAUCCACAAAGGCGACGUUUUCAUCGUCCGUGGUGGCAUGCGAGCCGUUGAAUUCAAAGUGGUGGAAACGGAACCGUCACCAUAUUGUAUCGUCGCCCCCGAUACCGUCAUCCAUUGUGACGGCGAUCCGAUCAAACGAGAAGAAGAGGAGGAAGCCUUGAACGCCGUCGGCUACGACGAUAUCGGCGGUUGUCGCAAACAACUCGCACAAAUCAAAGAAAUGGUCGAAUUACCUCUACGCCACCCGUCGCUCUUCAAGGCCAUUGGCGUGAAACCACCACGUGGUAUCCUCUUGUACGGACCUCCAGGUACCGGUAAAACUUUAAUCGCACGUGCAGUGGCCAACGAAACCGGUGCUUUCUUCUUCUUAAUCAACGGUCCCGAAAUUAUGAGUAAAUUAGCCGGCGAAUCCGAAAGUAAUCUAAGGAAAGCGUUCGAAGAAGCCGAUAAAAACUCACCGGCUAUUAUUUUCAUCGAUGAAUUGGACGCGAUUGCACCGAAACGUGAAAAAACCCACGGCGAAGUCGAACGCCGAAUUGUCUCGCAAUUGUUAACACUGAUGGACGGCAUGAAGAAAAGCUCGCAUGUUAUCGUGAUGGCGGCCACAAAUCGCCCGAACUCAAUCGAUCCGGCUUUGCGUCGGUUCGGUCGUUUUGACCGCGAGAUAGAUAUUGGCAUUCCUGACGCCACCGGACGUCUGGAAGUGUUGCGUAUUCACACCAAAAAUAUGAAGCUUGCCGACGACGUUGAUCUUGAGCAAAUCGCCGCCGAGACGCACGGUCACGUGGGCGCCGACUUAGCGUCGUUGUGUUCGGAGGCGGCGUUGCAGCAAAUCCGCGAAAAAAUGGAUCUGAUUGAUUUGGAUGACGAUCAAGUCGAUGCGGAGGUUUUGAAUUCGUUGGCUGUUAGUAUGGAGAAUUUCCGUUAUGCUAUGACCAAGUCGAGUCCGAGUGCGUUGAGGGAGACCGUGGUCGAAGUGCCGAAUAUUACGUGGGACGAUAUCGGUGGAUUGCAGAAUGUUAAGAAGGAAUUGCAGGAAUUGGUGCAGUAUCCGGUUGAGCAUCCUGAUAAGUUCUUGAAGUUUGGCAUGCAACCGUCACGUGGUGUGUUGUUUUAUGGACCACCUGGUUGCGGGAAGACUUUGUUGGCGAAGGCUAUAGCGAAUGAAUGUCAAGCGAAUUUUAUUUCGGUCAAGGGGCCGGAGUUGUUGACGAUGUGGUUUGGGGAGUCGGAGGCCAACGUUAGGGACAUUUUCGAUAAGGCUCGAUCGGCCGCCCCUUGCGUCCUCUUCUUCGACGAGUUGGAUUCGAUAGCAAAAUCACGUGGAGGCAACCUGGGGGAUGCCGGAGGCGCCGCCGACCGUGUCAUUAAUCAAAUUUUGACGGAAAUGGACGGAAUGGGCGCAAAGAAGAACGUUUUUAUUAUCGGAGCCACAAACAGACCUGAUAUCAUUGAUCCUGCAAUCUUGCGUCCCGGCCGUCUCGAUCAAUUGAUUUAUAUCCCGCUGCCGGAUGAAAAGUCUCGCGAAGCGAUUUUCAAAGCAAAUCUGCGUAAAUCCCCCGUUGCAAAAGACGUGGAUCUUACUUACAUAGCUAAAGUGACUCACGGAUUCUCAGGUGCCGAUUUGACGGAAAUCUGUCAAAGGGCGUGUAAAUUAGCGAUUCGCCAAAGCAUCGAAACCGAGAUUCGGCGGGAGCGCGAGAGGGCCAUGAACCCGAACAGCGCAAUGGAUUUGGAUGAGGAUGAUCCGGUUCCGGAGAUAACUCGCGCCCAUUUCGAGGAGGCGAUGAGAUUUGCCCGAAGAUCGGUGUCGGAUAAUGACAUCAGGAAGUAUGAAAUGUUCGCGCAGACGCUGCAACAGUCGCGUGGUUUUGGCACUAACUUCCGGUUCCCGUCGGGAACGGGAGGCUCGGCUGCGCCAGGAGGGACAGGAGGCGAUCAGGGCAACUUCCAAGAUGAUCCUGAAGACGAUUUAUACAGUUAAAUAUUCAGGCUCAAUGUGCACUCUUUUUUUAUUUGUAUUGUCAUUUUGAGUUCAUUUGUGAAAUAGUUUUGAAUUAUUAUAAUAAAAAAGGAUUCUGUAAU